UAAAAAGCACGUCCACUCCAGAUAACGUAUCAGUUCUUCAAGAGACUCUUCAGAUCCCGCUACCACCUGCAGCUGAGCAGAGAGCCAUGCAUCCUGUUUACGCCAACGAAGCGCCCCCUGGACAGCCUGGGGGUCCCACAGGAGUUCAGCACACCGUAGUGAACGUCCCCACUGAGCCCACAAAAGAUUAUCUGGUCUGGUCGCUGUGCAGCUUCGUCUACGCAAAUUUUUGCUGUCUCGGAUUGGGGGCUCUCAUCCAUUCUGUCAGGGCCAGAGACCGCAAGGCGCUUGGGGAUCAGGAUGGAGCCCAACGUCACGCCUCCUCCGCUCGCAUUUUCAACAUUGUGGCCGUGACCCUGACGUCUUUAGCGGUCUUUAUUUACUUUGUGGUGCUCAUUGCUGGGAUUGCACGAAGUUCACGUUAGGGAUCCUACAAUCUCGAUUAACCAACUUUCAUAUUGUAUGAGGAGGAUUUGAUCUGCACCAUGUCUUGGUUGUUGUUCUGCUUUUGCUCUGGUGCCAAAAUAAAACAGUUAAAGUCUGCUUAUGUCAAA